UAAUGGCCAGAGAAUACGCUCAGGAAAUAUUAAAGAAAAGCAUCCCAAGUAUUCCAAUAAAUACUGAAUCGGAGUACUUCUUACUAGCUACUUGGUUUUGUAUUGGAUCAGCAUUUUCGAUGCAUCAGAUGUUCAAAAACGAUGAUGCUGUUUUACUAAAGAAUAUCAGGAGAGAGCUUCCGUACCUGAAGCCUUUGAGCCAGUCUAAAUCUUCUAAAGCAAAAAUGAAAAAUUUGUAUAAGAAGGAAGUAGUUAAGGAGAUCUACAAAGUCACCAACUUUGAGAUCAAGAAAUAUCUGUUCAACAGAAAAUCCCAACUAAGACAACAAAGGUUGGAUGUCCUUAAGAAGAAGGGAAUGAAUGAGUAUAUCAAUGAAAUUAAAUCCCAGUUUGAAAUCCAGGCACAGAUUGAGAAGAGGAUUUUCUGUCAAAUCUUUUCUUGACUUGACCAAACCCCAGGACUGUUCCUCAAGAGAUUGAAUAAGGUUAAACAUGAACCCUGGUUUAUGGAUGGGAUUGAUAAUGACCAUAUUCAAGCACAGUUGAUUCAACAGAAGAUUAAAAACAAUCCACUGGAAAUAACUGAUGAAAAACUGCACGAGAUGAGCGAAUGGAGUGAAGAGAUGGAAGUCAGGAUGGUCAAACAAAUCAUCAGAAAAACUGCCGAUCAGGAUGAUCUAGACCAAUUCCAAAACCAGGUAGAAAUUACUAAUAUCUGCAGAAGGGAUGACUUCUUCCAAACCUUUGAACAAGAUGAAGAUGAAGUCAAGGCUUUUGUCCAGAUGAAAGAAUUUUCAUAAGGAUUUCAAUAAUCAGAAAAGUA